AUGCGUCUUGAGGCUUCUCCCGGAAGUCGCUUCCUAGGUUGAGCGUGAAGUCGGUUCCUGGCUUCUGAGUGUGAACCCGCAGAGAUGAACCCUUUAACUAAAGUUAAGCUGAUCAACGAGCUGAAUGAGCGUGAGGUCCAGCUGGGGGUAGCGGAGAAGGUGUCUUGGCACUCCGAGUACAAGGACAGCGCCUGGAUCUUCUUGGGAGGGCUUCCUUAUGAGCUGACUGAAGGGGACAUCAUCUGUGUGUUCUCACAAUAUGGCGAAAUUGUUAACAUUAACCUGGUACGGGACAAGAAGACUGGGAAAUCCAAAGGAUUCUGUUUCCUCUGCUAUGAAGACCAGAGGAGCACAAUUCUGGCUGUUGACAAUUUUAAUGGGAUCAAGAUCAAAGGAAGAACUAUCCGAGUGGAUCAUGUGUCUAACUAUCGGGCUCCUAAGAACUCAGAAGAAAUGGAUGAUGUGACCAAAGAGCUGCAGGAGAGGGGCUGUGGGGCUCACACUCCCUCACUGAGUUCAUCUGAGGGCUCUGAAGAUGGCAAACCCACCAGAAAACACAAAAAAGACAAAAAGGAAAAGAAGAAAAGAAAGAAAGACAAAGAGAAGACUGACCAGGAGGUACAGGCAGAGCAGCCAGCCUCCUCUUCAUCACCCAGAAGCAAGAUGAUAAAGGAAAAGGAUGACCCUGGCUCUAAAAAGCACAGUGGCAAGAACUCAGAGAGGGGUCAGAAGUCAGAGUCCAGGGAGGUGCGGAAGCCCCACCCCAGCUCCCCUGAGAUCAGGACGACCUGCCGUGGUGGAACAGAGGACCGAGAGAGGGAGCCGAGGAAGGAGAAGCCCAAGCACGAACACAAGUCAUCAAGCAGGAAGGAAGAGAGAGAAGACAAGAACAGAGAUAGAGACAGAGGUCGAAGCUCAGACGCACAUUGCAGCCGGCACAGCGGGAGCUCUGAGGGGCGUAGUCACAGAAGUAGAAGUAGGAGUCAAGAUAAAUCCCACAGGCAUAAAAGGGCCCGGCACUCCCGGGACCGGGAGUCCUCUAAUCCUAGUGACCACAGGCAUCAUUGAAGCCACAGCCUGUUCAGCUGCAUGGUAGAAUUGGAAAUGAAUUGUGUUUUUAAAAUGCAGUGAAAUUCAGUUAUGCUUUUACUAUUUCUAUAUGUAAAAUAUCUGAGGAUGAGUUCUUUUAAUCCCUUGAGUGUUAGAAUCAUUGAGAGAGCUGUAGUUUUUAUUUUAUUUUUUUAUUUUAAUUUUUAAUUUUUAAUUUUUAUUUAUUUUUUGAGAGCUGUAGUUUUUAACGGCUAAAUGUCCUGGAUUUUUGAGCAAAAUCCAUUGUCCCUGGGAAUAUACUUGGUACUUUUGGUACUUAACCAGAGUAUGUAUCCUAAAUUUGGUUUCAUAAAUAUGGCCCUUGAUUUUGUGACCCCAAUUUAUGAUGAAAUGGCCAGGAAGGGGAAAUACCAGGCAAUUCUAGAAUUCCAGUCUUUGUGAGAUAUUUAGAACCCUUGCAGUAACCUUUCCAGUUGGCAGCUAUAACCAUAGAGUAGAGAAGUGUGGCUUCACUAGGCUCAGAAAGCUUGCUGUGAAUGUGGUAAGGAUUCUUAACAUCAGCCUGCUCCCUUCCCACCUCCCCUCCCCCACCCUUUUAAUGAAAUUUUAGACUUUUGUUUGUUUUUGUUUUGGUUGAUAUAUCUCCACAUCUUUUCCUUACAACUUAUUUAUUUUAUUGAGAAGAAAUUAACAUAAAAUUAACCAUUUUAAAGGGAACAUUCAGUGGCAUUUGGUGCAUUCACAGUGUUGUAAAACCACCAACCCUAUCUAGUUCCAAAACACUUUCAUCAUCCCAAAAUGAAACCCUGUACCCAUUAAGCAGCUACUCCCCAUUCCCUCUUCCUCCUUGUCCCUGGCAACCACCAAUCUGCUUUCCAUUUCUAUAGAUUUACCUAUUCUGGACAUUUCAUAUAAGUGGAAUCAUGUAACAUGUGGCCUUUUGUGUUCGGUGCCUUUCACUUAGUAUCAUGUUUUUGAGGUUCAUCCAUAUUGUAUCAGUACUUCAUUCCUUUUUAUGGAGAAUGUCCCAUUGUAUGGAUAUUCCAGAUUUUGUUUACCCAUUCCUGAGUGGAUGGACAUGUGGGUUGUUUCCACCUUUUGGCUAGCCAGCUCCCUUUUCAUGUUCCAGACAUACCAGACUGCUUCUGGGCUUUGCUUUUCGAGUAGCUGCUCUUGAUGAGAUGGGAACAUUUUGUCGGCUCCAUUGUGUAUCUAGCUGAUCUGCUUGGUAGUUCUUUCUCAUUUUGAGAUUCUUUUUUAUCAGUCAGUCCCUUAUGAGUUUGAUAAGAAGUAGUUCACAGGCCCUUAAUACCCCUGCUGAAUUAUUAAAGUGGAAUUUGUGACCCUGUAAAACAGAGGACUAGAGCUUUAAUAGUGAAUGCACUAAGUUAGGUUACGUGGUGUGUUAGUAUGGGUCCUAGAUUAGGUGUGCAAGAAAUUUUGGGGUUGGGAUGCCCAUGAAGGAAAAUGGAGAGGGAGCUGGAAGAGUCUGGGAAAGCUGUCAGACAAUGAUGUAGGUCUAACUUCUUGGAGAAGAAAGGGAAGGAAUGAAGGAAGUUGCGUAGGAAAAGUCUUACACUGCUGUGGAGUUCUAAGAAUAUUUCAGCAAGACCAGUGGUGAGCCCUUGAGCCAAAGACACCUGUCAGAGGAGUCCCGCUAGAUGAGCCUUGGUAAGCAGGAAUCCUUGCUGUUGGGCCUCCAUCAGCCAUUGUGGCCCCUUGUCUUAUGUGUCCAUCAUGCCAGUUGUGUGGUAACUGAUGAAGGCCCCUGCACCUGGCUGAGUCAUUGUAUCUGCUUGGUGGUUCAGUGCCUCUUCUGUGAUAGAUGUUUUCUGAUGGGUGUUAACAUGUGAUGCAGAAAUCUUCACACUUUGCCUGAGGAACCUCCCUCAAUCCCCUGUUUCUCCACUCUUGUCUUUUUCAGCUUGUAGAUCUUGAGUGAUACCCUUGUUGGCUCUCUGUAUUGCUUCUAGGGACACCAUGGUCCAUUUGUGCCAUCUCCACGAGUCCCUUUGGGUAAAGCCCCCUUGGCUGCCCUUCAGACCGUGUGGUUCAUUUUGGUAUUUGUGGCCUCCUGGCUUCUGGUGGAUAAGCACCUCUACCUGGGUGCCUUACUCUGGGGCUGCAGCUCUGUGAUGGUCUCUUACUGCCAUCCCUGGCCUGCAGAGGAGGCCACCUCUGAACCUAGUGAUGCUGGUGCCCCUUUCACCAGUGUGUUCCUGAUGGCCUCGGUGAAUGGGAUGUCUUCUGGGCCCCCCUGUGGAACACUACCCUCUGGUGAGGUUUUUGACCUCAUGUAAUCUCUCCACUCCAGCAUACCUCCCCACCUCGGCCUUUUCAUUCCUUCUUUGGUCCCUUGCCAGGACAGCUCAGGUGUUUCUACUUUGCUUAGUGGUGGCCAGCACUUUCUCCAGUCCUCUAAGAGCCACCUUAGUAAAGACUGCUCACCCCCAGCAGUCCUUGCCAGGGAGGGGGUUAAAUCCUGUAUACUGAGAAAGUGCUCCCAAGUCUGAAUUCUUGCCUUUCUGGCCUUCUUGAUACAGCACCCUUGAAAGGCAAACCCAGUGUUUCCUUGGUUCCUGUCAGUACCUGCCAGUUAAUUCUUGCAGCUUUUUGGUGUAUACUCUCUCCUUUAUUAGGCCCGGUACUUCCCCAGCCAGGUAAAGCUGGAAUUUAAUCCUAGUUAUCAGUUUGGUAACCAGGAGAGA